AUGAUUCCCUUUCUGCUAUACGAAUGCAUAAUUGGACAUAACCAACUGAAUGCCAGUGGAAAUAGCCCCCUCAUGUGGGCCAUACAGAAUAAGCAUUGUGAAGCUGUAAAGGAAGUGCUACUUUUCGACUACCUUUUAUAUAGCGAAGAAUAUACAACAAACGGAUACCAGCUAUGUGCCCAUGUCAAAAAUAAAAUAAACUCGAUGAAUUUUUUCGGGAGCAUUUUCUCUGAUGAUCAUGAUAGCAGCUUGGGCAUUGGCGACAGUAGGAAGGGUAUCGGAGGUGCUACUUUAAACAGCCAGGGAGAAACGUGGGGGAAGCAAAUUCACCUGUAUAAGGAAGCCAACAAAAUCGACUUACUGAAGAAAAACGAAUUCGACAAGAGCAUUCUGUCGGAAGCCUUCAACACCCAGGACUAA